AUGGCAUUUAGAGUGGAGACAGUAAUUUUAUGUUUUCUAUGUGCUUUGUUCUCCUUCGUAAAGGCAAACAAUUGCCAUCAUUCUCUGUCUUUUUAUGGUUAUGUUCCUAAAGCAUUUGAUAUGCAUGUUUUCAAGACAAUAACAACCUUUCCUUAUUCCAUGAUGGUAACUUGCUCCAAUAAGUGCGUAGAUAAUCCAGAAUGCCGAGCGAUGGACGUCUGUGAUUCUGACGAUGACAAGUACUGUAGACUUGUUAGAUCCUUGAACUUGACUUUCACAUCUCCAGAUGAUGGACAGACCUGUAAAAGAUACAAAGUGGAUAGGAGAUGUGCUGAUGAUGAAUAUUUUGACAGAAUUCGUGGACAUUGUCAAAUGAAAAGUACAGAUCUGUGUGAUUUUGAGACGAGUCUAGAAUCUUCAUGUUUCCUCACCGAAGCAACCGACGACAUCUUUAACUGGACUAGACACUCGGGAAACACACCAUCUAGUUUAACUGGUCCUGAGGGUGCCAAAGCCGGCACAUAUUACAUGUACAUAGAGGCAACCUAUCAAAAUACCGGGGAAAACGCAAAAAUGGUCAGCAACAGAGUUUUUGAAGAUAAGACGCACUGCCUUUCCAUGUACUACCACAUGUACGGAUCAAGGACCGGAACUUUGAAGAUUCAGACCAAGACCGGAAAUGACACGGCAGUGACUCAUUGGGAAAUGCUAGGUAACCAGGGGAACCAAUGGAACAGCAUUGAUAAACUCAAUCUCCCUCUGAACAACAACACUAAGAUAAUCAUUGAAGGCGUCAGAGGACAUGGCUACGAAAGUGACAUCUCUGUUGAUUACAUAAUGUUGCGGCCUUUCUCUUGUGUCUGAAAACUGUGAUGCUAUAGACGCGCUGGAACUUAACCUGUUACAUGUAUCAGUUGCUUUUUUUUUCAGAUACGUAAAUGUAAAUAGUAUCUAAUGUUUUAUC